GUCUUUGACGUGUUUUUUUUUUUUAUAAAGUCAUCCAGGGCAUACUGCAAUAACAGAGGGGUUUUUGCAAACAGCUGCUACAUCGCUUGUCACAAAAACGUGAACUCCUCUGGCUGACAGAAAUGUCAGAGACGUCAAGUGACGCAGAGUCGUCUUGUGGCUGGACCAUCAUUAGUAAUGAGGGUUCAGAUAUCGAGACUCUGGGGUCUGAGGCGGCAGUGGAAUAUGAGGCCGAGCUGUUAGAGCGACCUCCAGAGGAAGAUAAGGAUCUGCAUGACGCACAGGCCUCAACAUCUGGUGCUGUGUGUGUUGAAGAGAAGUCUGUUGAUUCACUUGACAAUACUCUGGGAGAACAAACCUUAGUUGAGACACUGGACACUUCAGAGGUUGCAAACCUGCCAGUGUCCUUUAGUGAUCACUCUGACAUUGUGACUCUGGGAGACUUGAAGGAUGAUGAUCAUGCUGAAGUGGCAGAGGAGGCAGCAGCCAAUGAGUUUUACCUCGGCACCUCCUCCAGCAGCCAGUAUGCCUUCAUUGCUGCAGAGACCGGUUUGUUGUUGAGUUACUGGAAACUUCCACAGAGUCUGGUGAACUUAAGCCACCACCUGAGAAGUCAGCUCACUGGAGUCCGCUCUUUUCCAGCUUUGUCAGUGCAGCAGACAGCUGUGACGCACUCGAGCAGCAGCGAGGACGAGGCUGGACCAAGCAGCGGUACUGUCAUAAGAAGACGGAGGUUGAGGAAGAAUACCACGGGGUCUAUCACGAAUGUCGUGACAGACCCAGAGGAUGAGGUGGUGCUGGAAUCACACCCAAGUGACGAGGAGAAAGAUGAGAAGCCCAGAGAAAAGGAGCAGCAGCAGCAGCAUGAGGAGGCGGAGGAGGAGACUGAAGUUAGACCAGCUGCUAUGGAUGGCCGAAUGAAAGGCCAGGCCAGCAGCAUCCUCAACAGAUGUAUCCUGCUCACCCUGGUCAUAGCCAUCAGCAUGGCCUUUGGUCACUUCUACGGCACAGCCCAGAUUCAAGAAAGACUAAAGAGUGUGGAGAACAUCAGAGGGAAUGAGCUUGAUAGUGUGAGAGAUCUGCUUCAUAAAAACCAGGACCUGAGUGAUGACUUUGGCCUGGAUGAUGUGGAUGAACAGAAAGUUAUUUCAUUGCUGACUGAGGUGAUUGAGAAGAUGAGGAAAGAGAACCAGGAGCUCAACAUGAGACAGGUUUACAUUCAGGCUCAGAGAGACGACCUGGAAGUGCUGCUGAAACAGAAGUCUGAGGAGAAGACUAACACCGAGUCUGAGCAGCAGAGGUUGACAGCUGAAAACCAGCUGCUGAAAAGCUCGCUGGAACGGGAAGAAAAAUCUUUGUCUGCCUUACAGCAGGAGCUGAGUAACCUGCGCUCUAAGAUCAGAGAUCUGGAGGCGAUGGGAUCUGGAGCCGACUCACUGCUGUCAGAAAACCAGAGGCUGAAAGAGCAGCUGGAGGAGGAGAAGCAGCUCAUCAGAAACUUCCAGGGCCAGAGGGAAGACAUGAUGGUUGAAGCACAGAUGCUCAGAAAUAAGCUUGACAAAGAGAGGAAAGUGACAGAUGAGCUGAGGAGAGAGCUGAAUCGUCUGAGAAGCCAGGAAGCCAGUCCAGAGGCUGAAGAGCUGCAGUCACGUCUGAUGAACCUGGAGAAGAGGCUGAGCUUUGAGCAGCAGCGCUCUGACCUGUGGGAGAGGCUGUAUGUGGAAACCAAAGAUGAGAGAGCCAAAGGAGACACGGAGCCCAAAGUGAAAAAAACAAAAGAACGCAUGUCACAGAGAGUGAAAGAGACAUUCGAUGCAGUGAAGAACUCCACCAAGGAGUUUGUCCACCACCACAAAGAGCAGAUUAAGAAAGCCAAGGAGGCUGUGAAGGAGAACCUCAGGAAGUUUUCUGAUUCUGUCAAAUCAACUUUCAGACACUUCAAGGAUUCGGCCUCAACCUUCAUCAACAAAGCCAGAGGUUAUUACAAAAAAAGAUCCGAUGAGAAUCCUACCAAGGAGUCACGGCAGCACGGAUCCCACAAGCCUCAUCACAGACACAAACCUGACUCCUUCCACGGCGGCCACAACACACGGAAAUCAGGAGAGAAAGUCCACGAGGAAAAAGAACGAGGACAAAACAGUCACAAAGCCAACACGAAGGGAUGCUCCGGGGUUUUUGAAUGUGCCUACCUGGAGUCUAUGAGUCUCUUCAACGUAGGCAUGGAGCCAAUCAGAGCGAAGGAUUUUUACCAGCUGCUGCAGAACUACCUGCAACAGGAGGUCCACCACUUCCAUCACUGGAAAGACCUGGAGAUGUUUCUCAACAGCUUUUUCCACAAUGGGCUGUUCAUCCACGACCAGAUGCUGUUCACAGACUUUGUGAGCGGUGUUGAAAACUAUCUGGCAGACAUGCACGAGUAUCACAGCCUGGAUGACGAUGUGUUUGGAGAUCUUGAUGACUACAUCUACACACACUACUUUGGAGAAGCGUACACAAAAAGUUACGGCCCGAGCGGGCCGUUUGAAAAGCCUGACUCAAAGGAGUCUUCAAGGGCGAAGAAUCACCAGCGUAAGCAGCAGGGGGCCAGGUCUCGAUCACACAGCGAACGUAAGUGGAGCCGAUCAGGAAGAAAUUCGGACAGACACAUGGCUGACGUCAAAAUAGAACUGGGCCCGAUGCCGUUCGACCCUAAAUAUUGAUAAUAUCUCAACUUAUUCAACAGUUUUUCUGCAAAGUUUAGGUUUUGGGUUGUAUUAGGUUGCUUGUCUUUGUAAGUUUGCACAAGGUUUUAAUUCUACUGAACAUCUGUGAGCUGUUUGGCGUAUGGCAAAGUAACUGUUAUUGGGUCUGAAUGGAAGAUGUGACAUGUCUUACGUCAGCCGCACAUUUGUAACCGCUGACACGUACAUGUUCAACUAAAGCACUUUGAUUUAAAAGUACACACAAAUACGGAGCAGGACACGUUAAUUGGAGACUCGACAUGCCGCAUAUUGUUUUAAUUUGCUGCUACAACGAUAGGUUAGUGUGACGUGGUUGUGAUUUUCUUUUAAAUGCCGUUUUCUAACAUUCCACCUCGAGCUUGAUUAAACUGGACCUGGCACUUUAACCUCAUUGAAAAGACUCAAAAAAUUACAGCGUUUUCAAAGGCAAUUCAGUUGUGGUUUUUCAUUUGACAUGUGAUAUUUAAAAAUGACAACAUCGGAGUUAAAAAUAUUUAUUUUAGUAGCAAACCCAUAUGAUCAGGUAAGAAAGUUGCCAUUGUUCCAGUGUUUGUUAGCGCCUUUCAUAAAUAAAGAUUUUUCCUCCAA